AUGGAGAUUCUGCUCGUUGCGAGUCUUCUCUGCACGGCAUCGGCCCUGAACGUGAUUGUGGUUGGCGCAGGGGCUGGCGGCCUGGGUGCUGCGAAGCGCUUGCAAGACAAUGGGCACAGCGUCACUUUGCUGGAAGGCAGAGAUCGCAUAGGCGGACGCACAUGGACCAGCAAAGCCACCGGCUUUGCCGUGGACCUGGGGGCCAGUUGGAUUCACGGGGCAGGCCCGACCAAUCCGCUGACGCCCUUCGUUACGGAGUUCGGAAUUGCCACGCGAGAAAGUGCUGAUGAACAGAGAUGCCGCUACGACAAGGAUGGCUACAAGUACAACAGCCAGAACUUGGCCUCCUUCGACUCGUCCUGCUGGGGUCCCGAGAGUGGCGGGUACGGGAGCCUCGACACGACGGGCACGAUGGAAGCCGCCCUGAGGAGCUACGACGCGGCAUUCUUCAACACCGUGGAAGGCGAGAUGUGCCUUGCCGGCUGGGAUUUCAACCAAGCUUCGACACUCGAUUUGGUCAGUGCCGCAAACGAGGCCAUCAAUCAGGUCACUAACUCCGCCGGGGGCCCUGAGCUGCUCUUCAUCGAUGGCUACAACACCAUCACUGGCAACCUCACAGCGCAAUUUGAAGCGGCUGGGGGCACCGUUGUGAUGAACGCCACGGUGACUGAGGUGAGCUACUGCACUGGCUUCAAGCAGGGCGGAGUCGUGCCAGCCUGCGCGGCGAAGGUGUCCGCCGUGGAAACUGGAGGCACCGCUGUCUCAGAGUAUUCGGCGGACGCGGUGAUCGUUGCCGUGCCUUUGGGCGUCUUGCAAGCGGAUAAAGUGAAGUUCACCCCGCCGCUCCCGGCUUCCCACGCGGACGCGAUUGGGCGCAUGCAGUUCGGUGUCGUCAACAAAGCCGUGGCCGUUUUCGACACGGACUUCUGGUCUUCGGGAUGUGGCAACGAAUUGAUGCUUGCAAUCAACCAGCAGAAUGCCAACAUAGACAGCCGAGGCAUGUUUCCUUACUUCAUGAACACCAACAAGCACUGGACAGGAACGAAUGCUUUGCUGGGCUUCGCGGUUGGAAGGUAUGCCAUCGCAUCGGAGCAGAAGACAGAUGCGCAAGUGGAGGCUGACUUUAUGUCCAGGAUCCGGCAGCAGUUUCCGAACGCUCCCAACCCCACCUACUUCAUGCGAACGAAGUGGGGAUCCGACCCCUUCGCCCAUGGAAGCUACACCACUCCUGCAGGUCUCAAUGCUCGGAUGGAUGAGAUGAGGAUUCUCAGCGGGGCCGUAAGUGCUUCCCUGACACUUGCUGGAGAGCACACCCAUCCCAGCUGGGCUGCUACUGUGCACGGAGCUUACCAAUCCGGCCUGCGCGCAGCCGAUGAUAUUAUGAGCGGGACGGCAACAGGUUCAGGUGAUGCCAGCUACUGCAUUUCCUCUGCAGGUGUUUUCGUUCUGGCGGUCUUGUACAGGCUUUCCGAGUGCUUUUGA